AGAAGCGGGAGGUAUCGUGAAAGAGCAAACUCGAGCGUGAACAGGUCUGAGAGCAGUCUAUCUAAGUUCACACACCGGUUAUCAGUUAAACAGAAGCAGGAGAAGAGGAGGAAAGCUGAGGAUGGCUUGGCUGAUCUGCCUGCCUUCCGUCCCAGGUCUCUGAGCACUGAAUGGUCUUCCCCACCAAAAAUGAACCAGCAACUGAGAGAUCUGCAGUUAGCCCAAGCUAGAAAGCACCCUGGACCGUCAUCUCCAAAUGCCGCCAAGAGGCUCUAUCGGAAUCUCUCUGGAAAAUUCAGAGUUAAUUAUAUGUCAUUUGAUGAAGGAAACCUAGCAGGAAAAGCUGAAAAGGAGAAGCAGCGAAAAUCCUACCUGUUUCAAGGCAAUGCCGCUCUCUUUGAGGCUGUUGAGUUGCAAGACCUGGAUAAGGUGCAGGAGUUGCUCAAGCAAUACAGUCUGGAGGAACUGGAUCUUAAUACCCCUAAUAGUGAAGGUCUCCUGCCACUGGAUAUUGCUAUCAUGACCAACAACGCACCCAUUGCAAAGACACUGUUGCUGGCUGGAGCCAAGGAAAGUCCUCACUUUGUAAGCCUGGAAAGUCGGUCUUUGCACCUGGCAACCCUGGUUCGGGAAGCAGAACAGCGGGUUAAUGAUCUCACUGCACAGGUGGUGAACGAGGUGCCCAACACAGAAAGCUCCGAAAAAGAGAAACAGCUGAAGGCUUGGGAAUGGCGCUACCGGCUUUACAAGCGCAUGAAUGCUGGAUUUGAGCAUGCACGGGUUCCAGAUCCACCUACAAAUGUUCACCUUUCGGUGGCCAGCAGUACCUCGGUAGAAGUGUCAUUUCAGGAGCCCUUAAGCGUCAAUUCAGCGAUUGUCACCAAAUACAAAGUUGAGUGGAGCUGUUCCCCCACUUUUUCCCCACUGCUGGGCGAAAUGGUGAUUGACAAGCUGAAAAAACUACAUAUCACCAUCCAUGGCCUUGUCUCGGGUACAGCUUACUAUGUCCAGGUAUCUGCCUACAACAUGAAGGGCUGGGGACCUCCACAAACUUCAGUGCCACCCUAUGCCAUUCCCUCAAACUGGAGAGAAUAUGAUGGAAGGGCUCCGCGUCAGAGAGGACAAGCUGAAGCUCUGGACCACCUCCUCAAUCAGGUGAAGAUGGUGCACCAACACUGUGUGUGUCACGAGCCCUGUAAGAAUCAACCCCAGAGCAGAAAACACUCAGUCUCCAAAAGUCUAAAAUAUCUCUUCCAUCCUGGCAGCAAGUUUUUAAAGACACUGAAAAGGGGCCUGUAUCUAGCCUCCAUAUUCUACAAGGAUGACAAUAUCUUGGUGACCCCCGAAGACCAGAUCCCCGUGGUAGAGAUAGAUGACACCUAUUCCUGCUUACUUAUGCAGGACUUCCUCUGGUUCACCAAGGUGUCCUGUAUGUGGGAUGAAAUUUUAUGGCUGCGUCAGUGUGUUACCGUGUCCCAGUCUUCCUGUUCCUGUGUUCUCCAAACACGCUUCAAGAUGCUGCUGGCCAUUUCACAGAUGCAGGGUCUGCUAGGAAUCCAAGACCUGGGACAGGUCUUUUUUGAACCCAUCAAAGACAAGCAAGGCAACAUUUUGGUUGUAACCCUAAAAGAAGUGAAGACCAACCAAACCUUUGAAAGUGUUCGCUGGGUCCCUCUCUCAAAGUUGCAGACAAGUCGCAAGUCAGUCUCUUCCCCAGAAGAACCAACAGCUCUGGAUGUCCUGCUCAUGACUAUGCAGGACAAGUUGGCUUACCACCAGAGAAGCAGCCAAGCUCUUCUCCCUGGUCUUUAUCUGGGUUACCUGAAGCUCUGCAGUGCAGUUGACCAGAUCCGAGUAUUGGUGCCUGAACAAUUACCCAACAUCUUAUGUCAUGUGAAAAUACGGAGCAAUCCAAACAUAUCUAGAGAGGAAUGGGAAUGGCUGCAGAAUCUGGCCAGCAUGGAAGAACCCAUUCCCACUGAGCAAGAACUGGAAACUUCUCAGCAACUUUUUCUUCAGGAGCUCCAAGGGGCAAUCAGAGAGUUGAUGCACCUGGUCAACAUCCCACUGCAUGAGGCCAAAGAUUUCCGCCUGUACAGUCAGGAAGUUCUGGACUUUGGAGGACAGGUCUCCUUUCUUCUGCUUCUUCCCCCUUCAGAUGAUGUGUGUACUGCCCCUGGCCAGAACAACCCUUACACCCCUCGGUCUGGCUUUCUCACCCUUCCUCUCCAGAUCUUCGAGCUAGUUCAUUUCUUCACUUAUGACCAUGAGUUUAUUAGCCAGUAUUGCCAAGUAUCUGCAUUUUUGGAGCUAGAAUCGCUCCUCUCUCAACAGAGCCUCAGGGAGGCCUUCUCAGACUCAGAACUAACUACUGCCAAGCAGCGGCACCAGCAAGUUCAGGAUUAUAUGCAGCAAAUGGAGGAGAUUUGGCGAGAAAUGCGUUGGAUGAUGGACGCGUUGCAACAUGCCCGGUACAAGCAACCAUCUUGUGGCCUCCCACUUGUAUGGUUCAUCAAAGACUCUGGCAUGGCACAAAAGGAGAAAACUCAGUCAACCUCUUCUCACUUAGACUUCCUUCCAUCACCAACCCCAUCUCCUGAAAUGAGCCGUAAGCUCAACUCUGAUUCACAUGGAAUCUCUGAUGAGGAGGGCUCCUCAGAAGUCUUCUUAGCUACAGAUAGCGAUUAUGACUCCAGCAGUGCCCAGAGCCCCCGAGAACUUGACCUCGUUUACUCUUCUUCAGGGCCAGAAUGCUGUAGGAGAAGAAAUCCCCGUCCUUUGAGGGAGAGUGCCCCUGAUGUCCUGCAGAGUCAUGAGCUCAAGACACCCCCAAUUCCUCCUAAGGAGUCUCAGCCUCCCCCAGAGCAAUACGACAGUGACUUUGUGCUUCCUAGCCGGCAAAUAGAAUUGCUGCGCAUCACGGAGAAAAGGCAGGCCUACUGUGUCCGGACCAGCAGUUUGGAUUUCCCCAAGCCCUUCUGCCAUGGAGCGAGGAAGUCUUGCCCUGGCUCCGUUGACAGCUCACCGACAGAGAGCAGGACUGCAGGCCACUGUGGCCCUGUGCAAUCUGGGACAGGUUCUGCUUUCAGAUCCAGCCCUGGCUGGCACACAGAGAGUUCUGGGGCUGUAUUUCGGACACGUUCAGUAGAGUGGACUCACACCUUCCAGGAGACAUCCGAGCUGGGACACGUAGCAAACCGGAGCAGACUGCCAGGUUCUUUCAUCUUACGUGUGUGCGCUCAAUAUGAAACGGGGCUUUCCAAAGAAACAAGUGUUAAGCUGCACCUCACUAACAAGAUGUCAGCAGAAGACGUGGUGAAGCUGGUGGUCCAGGAGACGAACGAGGUCUCGCGGAAAGUCCUGGGAAGUCCCAAUGCUUUUUGCUACAGUGAAGAACAAUUGAGCCACUUUGGAUUGGUGUUUGUAUCAGAUGAUGUGGAACAAUGGCUUCCAAACCAUUUCCUGCCCCUCUCACUCCAAAAGACCUGGCCUGACGGGAGAUUCUAUGUCCGAAUCAAAGACACUUCCCCUCUCUUGUUUCGAUACGGCCCAGCUACAACUGUAUGAGAGGAGGGAGAAUAGAAGGAGAGAAACAAGGACCAUCCAACUUCCAGUGAGCAGAAAGCUCAUCACCAAUGCUUCCUUCUGAACAGACACUUUCGUGCCAGACAUUAUGGGCCAGAAGCAUAUUGGGCAGUGUGUUGCUUUUGUAUGUGUGUGUGUGUGUAUGUGUGUGUGUGUGUGUUUUAUUUUACCAAAGAGACAUCAAGACCUGGUUAUUAUGACCUCAAUAAGUGAGGGUGAAAUCCAGGAGCCUUUGGGGGUGAUGAAAUUAAAUUUUUGAUCAGCAAAGAGAAAAGCUGGUUAGGGAUAAAGAAGCAAUAUGUAAUUAUAUAUAUAUAUAUAUAUAUAUAUAUAUUUUUCAGUCAGAAUAUUGUAGAAGAGAGGGAAGGGGUGUGUUCUUGAAAGAAAAGCCACCAUGAUUCUGCCGGGAAUGGGCUCAGAGGUUUUCUUGGAGAGGGAAAGGGCUGUGGCAAUCUCAUAAAUUAUGUCCUGUUAUCUGUUUCAGUUUCAUUGUACUUGGAGAAGUAGAAAAUUGCCCAUAAUUCCUUGAACAAACGGUUCUCUUUUUCUUAAUUCCAUCCUGGCUAUUUUGUAAAGCAGAAUAUUGUGGAUGUUCAAAUUCUGUGGGAGGCUGAAGUCCUUUCUCUCUCCAAAAUUAAGAGAUCAGACUUUAUCUCUGGGAUAAAAACCUCUUCUUGAUAGGAAGACUGAAUCAACCUUUCAUCUCAUUAACACUUCCAUUCUUAGAAUGAUCCAAGUUGGGUCAGUGGUAGGGCUGGUUGGUUUCUUGUAGGUGAUGUUUUUUAAGAGCCGCGCUUCACUGUAAGACCUCGUGAUUCCUUUCCCUGAUGUAUCUUCCCCUUCUCUCUACUUCUCCAUGGGUUUUGGAAAGUACACACAGAAACAAUUAUUGGGAAUCAACUGUAGGGUUGCUUUGAUUAGGAAUUACUUCAUUUCAUUCUGCCUUCUGUUACAGACUUAGUUCAGUGUUGGGGAGCGAUGACACCCUUUUCUAUCUCCAGGUGGGGAACUGAACAUUAUAAUGGAAGCAUCUACCAGACCAGCCAGGUUUUCAUCUUUCAUAUAAGCAAGAGUAGCACUGAACAGGGGCCAUUACAGCAACUCAUGUAGACCCCACUCUGAUUCUCAUGGUGGUCGUUCCCCUGUCCCAGGGGAAGCGGAAAAGAACUUAGCAAAGACCCAGCACAAAGCACAAGGAGGUAACAUUCAUUCCCCAUCCUCAACCUCGAGAGGGUGCAAGGAUACCAAGGCCAAGAAGAAGGUCUCUUUGGAUGACUACAAUGAAGAGGGUACAGUCACCAACAGCAGCCGCAAUACCUUUUGAUUUGGUAUUUCUUGUUCAUUCUCAUGAUAAGUGGCACAGAAUCUCUAAGGAAGAGGGGACCACAUCCUGAUCUACUCACAGAAUUGCAUAAAUGCUUCUGGAAGAACACCAAACAGACCCUUCCUAAUCUCUUGGACUGUGGGCUAAGUCUAAGUUCUUAAAUGAGUAAAAUUUCACAAAGGCAGGACAUUAAUGCUUCCCUUUUAGGAACACAAGUUCUAGCUCCCCAAAUUAUUAUUAUUAUUUUUACUUGUUCCAGAAAUAGAAACAAACUCCAGACUAACCCCAAAGACCCCAGUAGGGUUGCUCCUUGCUGUAAGAGAGUACAAAACAUUUUGAACUCAUUUGUAGGAGGCGUGCAUUAUAGAAGGUUGGUAUCUCAGAGCCCUUAAAGAUGUAAUGAGUUGUGUAGUCUGAGAGACCUUCGAAUUCACAUCAGAGAGAAGUAUGAGCUGCUGUCUGAGAACUGACAAUAAUAAAUUGCAAUGAUUCCUAGCAUAUUAAAAUCUACCUCUUCUCUAUUAUUCCAUUUUGGUUCCAUUGAUAUGGUUGAUCUGAGUUCAUUGAAUGCUGCUAUGGGGCACUGAAGUUUCCCUCAAAGACUUCAGGGACAGGUACUCAGAACUAGCUGUGCGAUGAUGAGCUUUAACCAUGGAUGUAAAACCACCUAAUAUUUCUUUCAAUUAUUUCCCAUCUUUCCUCAAUGAAGUGAAAGACAUUGUCCGUAUGAUCUGAACGCGUUUCUCAGCCCGGGCACUGAAGAGAUCUGACCUUAUGUUUUAGUAAAACAAUUUCAUCCUGUGCCUUUCACCUAUGCCCUGAGGUCCAUUCUUGGUUUGCUGCAGUAGUUUACCACGAUUAGGCCUCCUCACAGCAGACUCAGAGCAAUUCAAGAUCACAUAGCCAUCCUGUGGAUUGUUUCUUUCUAAAAUUGCUGUGUAAGUUGGAGCGUAAACAGCCACUUUCAGUGCUUCCCUAGGGCUUCUCUUGCAGUUGUUUUAAUUGAAAAGAAGAAUAGGGAGACAGGUCUCCAUAAGAACCAAACAGAGGUCUCACUCCUGCAGAAGAUUCUGUAUGUGUUGCAGCUUCAGCUACAUAUUGUAAUCCAGACUGCAGCGUUCAGUUUCAGAUUACACGUGAAGGGGAGGACACAGUAAUAUUUUAAUUACCACUCAGGGAUCCACACCAGAUUCUUAUCAUUAUAGGUGUCAUCCACUUUAGCGGCAGAGUUGAUUUUCAAGGAAGAUGGCCCAGAAACUCUGAUCAAGUAAACAGCAAUAGGCUGGCAUUAAGGACACUCAGACUGGUGUUCGCCUCCUUCUGACUUCAAAUAGAGAACAGAGAAUGGGCUCAUCUUCAUCAGAGUAUAUUUUGUGAUCAGAAUGGAGUGGGAGACAAGACUUGGAUCAGCAGGCAGGAUCAUUUUAUCACCUGAACAGACCUAUUGCUGGAGUAUUUCAGCAGAUGACAAACUUGAGGAACUCUGAAAGAUCUCUUCCCAAAUGCAAAAACCAUCUAUGCAGGUCUGCGCUUUAUCUUCAUUGUCCCCUAACCAUGGCACGGUCUUGUUCCCCUCAAUCCACAAACUUCCUGCAUGCAUGUCCUCCCACAGCUUUUCUUUCUCAGUUUCUGUAGCUGAUUUGUGUUUGUCACACAGACCAAUACUAGUGCCUUUUCUAACAUGCAAGGCUUUGGUUUCCAGAACUGGGGCUUACAGCAGUAACCAGUACCUGGAGGUUGCCAAGCAGGGCAUCUUCCAUUGCUGGGGUUGAGACUUUAUCUGCAACCCAACUGGUUUCAGAUAGUAACUUAGAAGUAGAGCAGCACAUAUAAGAGCCAUUGGGUUCUCCAUCUUCCUUUCUUUUAUGAGCAAUUUCAUUAACAGCAAUACUCUUUCAGCCUGUUGGCUAAGAUCAAGUGGAGUAUCUAUUGGAAUGUAUUGUCUGGGGGAUCUGGUGAGUCAAGAAGAGCUUUCACGGACGCUUGGUGGUGGCUGCAGGAUUGACUACAGAAGAGCUACAAUGACAUAUUUUAAGAGAGACAUUUUAUCUCAAAAUAUUAGCUUCCCAUCUCCCCAUAACAUCUUUCUAAAAAGGGAAUAAAGAACUGGUCACUCCUGAUAAGCCCUCUCUUUAAACUUUUAGCUAGGAUUCUUCUAAAUGUACUUCCUCUUCAGAAGCGUUCUCAGCAGCCAUCACCUAUGAAUAGCAUGUGCCGGACUUUUCUCCUAAGGAUCAGUGUAUCUUUUACACCCAGGUAUCUACUGUAGAUUGGAUUCUUUGUUCCUGGGAAAGAGGAGAAAAAAUGUACUUACCAUAAAUGAUCAGAGACAUUGCUCUAUCCAUUCCGAGAUGAUUGGAAACCCUAUGAACCUCUAUUACACGUUACUGCUUUAUCUGUCACUUUUCAAAUUCUAAGAUAAGGUCUGUGCUUGUGGUCAGACUCCCCUUCUACACUACUUACCAUCUUUGCUCCUGAAUUUGGUGGUGAAGAUGGGGACAUGGUUUUAUCUUCUGCCCAUUCUGGUCUGGAAGUGACCAGGCGCUUCUCACCCAAGUGAGGUUGAAAGUUGAAGGCUUCUUCCUAUCAGGAGGUGGUUCUAUCCCAUUUACAGUAUCUAGACUCGCACUUUGUAAAAGAAUUAAAAUCUAUGGUAACUGAAAUGCUCCCCUUUAGUUUUGUUUUCACAGCCACAAAGACAUCACAGAGAUGUGUAGAAGAUGAUUUUGCUGUCAAAGGUGUGCUGGGAGACAUCUGUUGUGACACUUGAGUUGUUGACUUUUUCCUUCCCCCUUCUCAGUUGCUGUUUUGUUUCUGUGAUUGUGAUUAGUUACUCUUGUACAUCCGAUAGCAUGUUUUGUUGGCUGCUAGGUCUCUCUGUUAGCUGCUACUAUUAACAGAACUGUGGUCCAUAGUAAACACAGCUAUGCUGCUGA